AAACUUGGGGCGGAGCUUCGCUGCCUCCCAGGUUUCGUACGCUGGCGGCCGCCAGGCCGUUCCCGGAAGUUGAUGGCCUUACAGUCGUGGAACUGAUUGGCUGAUCAUGACCAUGCAGUUAGCCAGGGUUUUCCCGAGUUGUUUGGGUUGAGUUCAGGAGAAGCAUGGCCAGGUCGAGUCGGUACCUGCGCCAACUUCAGGGACCUCUGCUCCCACCCAGGGAUCUGGUGGAGGAGGACGACGACUACCUAAACGACGACGUGGAGGAGGAUGAAGAGUCCGUGUUCAUCGACGCCGAGGAGCUCUGCAGUGGGGGCGUAAAGGCUGGCAGCCUCCCCGGGUGCCUCCGCGUUUCAAUUUGUGAUGAAAACACACAAGAGACAUAUAAAGUGUUUGGACGUUUUCCGAUAACAGGUGCUUGGUGGAGAGUGAAGGUACAAGUAAAGCCUGUGGUGGGAUCAAGGAGCUAUCAAUAUCAAGUUCAAGGAUUUCCGUCUUACUUUUUGCAGUCUGAUAUGUCACCACCAAAUCAAAAACAUAUCUGUGCUCUCUUUCUUAAAGAGUGUGAGGUCUCCAGUGAUGUUGUUAAUAAAUUUUUAACAUGGGUAAAGGAGGUAUCGAACUACAGAAACCUAAACUUUGAAAAUCUUAGGGAAACACUAAGAACUUUCCACAAGGAAACUGGAAGGAAAGAUCAAAAGCAGCCUGCACAGAAUGGUCAGGAAGAGUUGUUCCCAGACAAUGAGAUGAGUCUUCCUCUGGAAAACACAAUUCCAUUUAGAAAUGUAAUGACAGCUUUGCAGUUUCCGAAGAUAAUGGAAUUCCUUCCAGUUCUUCUGCCUCGACACUUUAAAUGGAUCAUAGGGUCAGGUUCUAAAGAGAUGUUGAAAGAGAUAGAAGAGAUUUUAGGUACACAUCCGUGGAAACUUGGAUUUAGUAAAAUAACCUACAGAGAGUGGAAACUCCUGCGAUGUGAGGCAAGUUGGAUAGCAUUUUGUCAGUGCGAGUCUCUUCUCCAGCUGAUGACUGAUUUGGAGAAGAAUGCAUUAAUAAUGUAUUCCAGACUGAAGCAGAUAUGUAGAGAAGAUGGGCACACAUAUGUUGAAGUGAAUGACUUAACUUUGACAUUGUCAAAUCAUAUGUCAUUUCAUGCUGCUUCAGAGUCUCUGAAGUUUUUGAAGGAUAUUGGUGUGGUGACAUAUGAGAAGUCCUGUAUCUUCCCUUAUGACCUUUACCAUGCUGAAAGAGCCAUCGCCUUUUCAAUUUGUGACCUGAUGAAGAAACCUCCUUGGCAUUUAUGUGUCGAUGUCGAAAAGGUGCUUGCCUCUAUUCACACCACAAAACCUGAGAAUUCAAGCGAUGAUGCAUUGAAUGAGAGCAAACCUGAUGAAGUAAGAUUAGAAAAUCCUGUGGAUGUUGUGGACACACAGGACAAUGGUGACCAUAUUUGGACUAAUGGUGAAAAUGAAAUUAAUGCAGACGUAAGUGAAGUUCAGCUGGAUCAGGAUCAGGUUGAAGUUCCACUGGAUCGGGAUCAGGUGGCUGCUUUGGAAAUGAUUUGCUCCAAUCCUGUGACAGUCAUAAGUGGGAAAGGUGGAUGUGGGAAGACCACAAUCGUUAGCCGUCUUUUUAAGCAUAUAGAGCAGUUGGAAGAAAGAGAAGUAAAAAAAGCCUGUGAAGAUUUUGAACAAGACCAGAAUGCUUCAGAAGAAUGGAUUACCUUUACUGAGCAAAGUCAACUAGAGGCGGGCAAGGCUAUAGAAGUUUUGCUCACAGCACCUACAGGGAAAGCAGCUGGCUUACUAAGACAGAAAACUGGUCUUCAUGCCUACACACUGUGUCAGGUCAAUUAUAGCUUCUAUUCAUGGACUCAAACAAUGAUGACCACAAACAAACCAUGGAAAUUUUCUUCGGUUAGAGUUCUGGUUGUGGAUGAAGGGAGUUUGGUAUCUGUAGGAAUCUUCAAAUCGGUCUUAAAUUUAUUGUGUGAGCACUCCAAACUUUCUAAGCUUAUUAUCCUUGGUGACAUUAGACAGUUACCCAGUAUUGAACCUGGUAACUUGCUGAAAGAUCUUUUUGAGACUCUUAAGUCAAGAAAUUGUGCUAUUGAGCUAAAGACAAACCAUAGAGCAGAAUCUCAGCUAAUUGUGGACAAUGCUACAAGAAUCUCAAGACGCCAAUUUCCAAAAUUUGAUGCAGAACUAAAUAUCUCUGAUAAUCCAACAUUACCCAUCUCAAUUCAAGAUAAGACAUUUAUUUUUGUCAGGCUCCCAGAAGAGGAUGCCAGUUCUCAGUCAUCUAAAACUAAUCAUCACUCUUGUUUAUAUUCUGCAGUUAAAACUUUACUACAAGAAAAUAACUUACAAAAUGCAAAAACAUCACAAUUUAUUGCAUUUAGAAGGCAAGACUGUGAUCUAAUUAAUGACUGCUGCUGCAAACACUACACAGGCCACCUCACCAAAGACCAUCAGAGUAGACUUGUAUUUGGAAUUGGUGAUAAAAUUUGUUGUACCAGGAAUGCAUACCUCUCAGACUUACUACCUGAAAAUAUCUCUGGAAGUCAGCAAAAUAAUGAUCUAGAUGCCAGUGGUGAAGACUUUUCUGGUACUCUUCCUGAUUUUGCUAAAAAUAAGCGUGACUUUGAAAGUAACAUUCGACUGUGCAAUGGAGAAAUAUUUUUCAUAACAAAUGAUGUAACUGAUGUAACUUUUGGAAAGAGAAGAUCUUUGACCAUUAAUAAUAUGGCUGGCCUGGAAGUAACUGUGGAUUUUAAGAAACUAAUGAAAUAUUGUCGCAUAAAACAUGCAUGGGCAAGAACUAUUCACACUUUUCAGGGGUCCGAGGAGCAAACGGUUGUCUAUGUGGUGGGGAAGGCGGGCCGCCAGCACUGGCAGCAUGUCUACACCGCCGUGACCAGGGGCCGCUGCCGAGUGUAUGUGAUUGCAGAGGAGUCUCAGCUCCGGAAUGCCAUUAUGAAAAACAGUUUUCCUAGAAAAACUCGUUUGAAACAUUUCUUGCAAAGUAAGCUCUCCUCUAGCGGCGCACCUCCAGCAGAUUUUCAGUCCCCACAGAAGAGCUCUGGAGACAGUGGAGGACCCAGCACACCGUCAGCAUCUCCACUCCCUGUAGUCACAGACCACGCCAUGACAAAUGAUGUCACCUGGAGUGAGGCCUCUUCGCCUGAUGAGAGGACACUCACCUUUGCUGAAAGAUGGCAAUUAUCUUCACCUGAUGGAGUAGAUACAGAUGAUGAUUUACCAAAAUCGCGAGCGUCCAAAAGAACCUGUGGUGUGAAUGAUGAUGAAAGUCCAAGCAAAAUUUUUAUGGUGGGAGAAUCUCCACAAGUGUCUUCCAGACUUCAGAAUUUGAGACUGAAUAAUUUAAUUCCCAGGCAACUUUUCAAGCCCACAGAUAAUCAAGAAACUUAGUUUUAUUUCAAAUUGUUCAGAGUAACUAUUUUUUUCUAUUGGAGACAAAAUGAACAUCGUAACGUCAAAGUACCAAGAUAAAAAAAGUUUCCUAUAACUGGAGUUUUAAGGUAUUUGUGUUAGCAAAUGUUUUAAAUCCAUUUAAUCAAAGUAUUAAUGAUUUCAACACAUGUCAUCAUGAGAACUGGUAGCACUGGACAUAAGUGAAGAGAUUAGAUAUUUUAUAUACAUAUAUAUUUUUAUACAAUUAUGUACAUUAAGCCAGGCGCGAUGGCUCAUGCCUGUAAUCCCAGCACUUUGGGAGGCUGAGGCAGGUGGAUCACCAGAGGCCAGGAGUUUGAGACCAGCCUGACCAACAUGGUGAAACCCCAUCUCUACUAAAAAUGCAAAAAUUAUAUGGGUGUGGUAGCACAUGCCUGUAAUCUCAGCUACUCAGGAGGCUGAGGCAGAAGAAUCGCUUGAACCCGGGAGGCGGAGGUUGCAGUGAGCUGAGAUCGCACCACUGCACUCCAUCCUGGGUGGCAGAGCGAGACUCCGUCUCCAAAAAAAACAAAAAAAAAAAAAGAAAAUUAUGUACAUUAAAACAUGUUGUAUUUUUAGGAUAAUGCCUCGUAACUUUGAUGAUCGUUGUGUGUUAUCUUUGCCAAUGGGUUGAAGCAGUGGCAAAGAAAAAAGGUGUAAUUACAUCUGUUUAUGUUAUUGACAUGCCUCCUAGGAUGUUGAAAUGUGGUCAUUUUACAAGACUGCUGCUCACUUCAUCACUGCUGCCUGGGGCCCAGCCUACCUGGGACUUUUCCUUGGAAGUGCUUUCUGAGUUGGGAGCACAUUGUUCUGAAUAUGUUCCACUUAGGAAGUUUUUUUCUCUCUCAGAAUGAUUUGAUUUUUAAAUUUUUAUUUAUGUUAAAUGGUCAAAGAAAAAGUCAAGAUGAAAAAUGUAUCUGUUAACCCAUUUAUGCCUAGUGGUCCAUUAUUGGGACACUAAACAUGUGAGAGUUAUUUAUAUCCCACUGCUCAAAGUCAUCACCAACGUCUGAUUGCAAAAAUUCAGAAAGUUGCAACCUCAGGCAUAAAUGGUUAAUAGCUUUAUUGAGAUAUAAUUCACAUACAUUUCACCCAUUUUAAGUAUACAAUUCAGUGGCUUUUAGUAUGUUCAUCAAAUUGGACAACUACCAUUAUUAUCAAUUUUAGAACUUUUUUUUUUUUUAAUGAUAGAGACAAGGUCUCACUAUGUUUCCCAGGUUGAUCUCGAACUCCUGAGCUCAAGUGAUCCUCCCACCUUGGCCUCCCAAAGUGUUAGGAUUACAAGUGUGAGCCAGCGUGCCCAACCUGGAACAUUUUCAUACCCUACAAAGAAACCUCACACUCUGGCCGGGCGUGGUGGCUCAUGCCUGUAAUCCCAGCACUUUGGGAGGCUGAGGUGAGCAGAUCACCUGAGGUCGGGAGUUUGAGACCAGCCUGACCAACAUGGAGAAACCCCGUCUCUACUAAAAAUACAAAAUUAGCCGGGAAUGGUGGCACAUGCCUGUAAUCCCAGCUACUUGGGAGGCUGAGGCAUGAGAAUCGCUUGAAUCCAGGAGGUGGAGGUUGCGGUGAGCUGAGUCACGCCAUUGCACUCCAGCCUGGACAAUAAGAGCAAAACUCCAUCUCAAAAAAAAGAGAAACCUCACACUCCUUAGCAGUAAUUCCCCGACUUCCCCCAUCCCUAGGUAACCUGAUUUACCUAGUCCCAAUAGACUUGCCUAUUGCAGACAUGUGGUUCUUUGUUCCUGACUUAUUUGACUAGCAUAAUGUUUUCAGACUCCAUCCGUGUUGUACCAGUGAUGUGUCAGUGCUUCGUCUCUUUUAUUGCCAAAUAAUAUCCCAGUAUAUGGAUAAAGGACAUUGAAUUUGUCCAUUCAUCAGUUGAUGGACAUUUAUUUGGGUUAUUUCCUAAUUUUUGGCUAUUAUGAAAUGCUGCUAUGAACAUCUGUGUGUAAGGUUUUAUGUGGACAUAUGCUUUCACUUCUUUUGGGUAUAUAACUAGGAGUAGAAUUGAUGGGUCAUAUGGUAACUCUAUGUUUAACAUUUUGAGGCACUGCCAGACUUUUUCCAAACCAGCUGCACCAAUUUAUAUUCUCACCAGCAGUGUAUGAGAGUUCCAGUUUCUCCCUAUUCUCUCCAACGUUUAUUAUUAUCUGACUUCUUGAUUAUAGCCAUCCUAGUGGGUAUGAAGUAGUAUUUCAUUGUGGUUUUGAUUUGCAUUUUUCUUAUGGCUAGUGAUGUUAAAUAGCUUUCAUGUGACUAUUGGCCAUUUCUAUGUCCCCUAGAGAAAUGUAUAUUCAGAUCUUUUGCACACUUUUAAAUUGGAUAUUUUUUCUUUCUAUCACUGAAAUCUGUAUUAUUGAGGGUUUUCCAGAGGGAUGGAACCAAUAGGAUAUAUGUGGAUAUAAAAGGGACUUUAUUAGUGUAUUAGUUAGGGUACCCCAGAGGGAUACAACUAAUAGGAUAUAUAUAUGUGGGGGGGGGGGGCAGGGAGUUUAUUAAGUAUUAACUUACAUGAUCACAAGGUCCCACAAUAGGUUGUCUGCAAGCCUGAGGAGCAAGGAUAGCCAGUUGGAGUCUCAGAACUGAAGAACUUGGAGUCUGAUGUUUAAGGGCAGGAAGCAUCCAGCACAAGAGAAAGAUGUAGGCUGGGAGCCUAGGCCAGUCUUGCCUUUUCACGCUUUUCUGCCUGCUUUAUAUUUGCUGGCAGCUGAUUAGAUUGUGCCCACCAGAUUAAGGGUGGGUCUGCCCUCCCCAGCCCACUGACUCAAAUGUUAAUCUCCUUUGGCAACACCCUCACAGACACACCCAGGAUCAACACUUUGCAUCCUUCAAUCCAAUCAAGUUGACACUCAGUAUUAACCAUCACAAUAAGAGAGAAUUGGCUCACACGAUUAUAAAGCAAAGUCCCACGAUAGGCCAUCUGCAAGCUGGGGAAGGAGAGAAGCUGAUAGCAUGGCUCAGUCCAAGUCUGAAAGCCUCAAAACCAGGGAUGCUGACAGUGCAGCCCUCAGUCUGAGGCCAAAGGCCCAGGAGCCUCUGGGAAACAAUUGGUGCAAGUCCUAGAGUCCAAAGGUGGAAAAACCUGGAGUCUGGUGUCCAAGGGCAGAAGGAGAGGAGGUCAAGCAUUCUGCACAGCACAGGAAGAAAGAGAGGGAGCAGACUCAGCAAGCACACUGCUUAUCUCUGUUUGUCCACCUGCUGUGUUCUAGCCUCACUGGCAGCCAACUCGAUGGUGCCCACCCACACUGAGGGUGGGUCUUCCUCUCCCACUCCACUGACUCCAAUGUCAGUCUCCGUCAGCAACACCCUCACAGACACACAGGGGAGCAAUGCUUCAUCAGCCAUCCAGGUAUCUCUCAAUCUAGUUGACACCUAAUAUUAACCAUCAGAAAAUGUAAGAAUUCUUUACAUUUUCAACAUUUAAGUCCAUUAUCAGAAACAUAAUUUGCAAAAUUUUCCUCCCAUUCUGUGAAUUUUAUUUUAAUUAACUUGAUAGUAUCUGAUAUGGUUUGUCUCUCUGUCCCCACCCAAAUCUCAUCUCACAUUGUAAUCCCUAUGUGUUGAGGAAGGAUCCUGGUGGGAGGUGAUUGGAUCAUGGGGGUGGUUUCCCCCAUGCUGUUCUGGUGAUGGUGAGUUCUCAUGAUAGCUGGUGGUUUUAAAGUAUGGCACUCCUGCCCCAAUCCCCUUCUGCCACCUUGUAAAGAAGGUGCUUGCUUCUCCUUUACCUUUUGCCAUGAUUGUGGUUUUCUGAGGCCUCCCCAGCCAUGUGGAACUGUGAGUCAAUUAAACCUCUUUUCUUUAUAAAUUACUCAGUCUCAGGUGUGAAAAUGGACUACUAAGUGUCCUUUGAGGCCCAAGUUUUAAAUUCUGAUGAUGACCAGUGUAUCUGUUUUUGUUGUUGCUGCUGCUUGUGCUUUUGGUGUUAUAUCCAAGAAACUAUUGCCUAUCCAAAGUCAUGAUGAUUUACUACAAUUUUUUCUUCUAAUAAUUUACAAGUUUUGGCUCUUACACUUAGAUCUUUGAUUCACUUUUAGUUAAUUUUGUAUAUGGUGUGAGGUAGGGAUCCCACUUUAUUCUUUUGCAUGUGACAAUUCAAUUGUUCAGCUCCAUUUAUUGAAGAGAUUAUUCUUUCCCCAUUGAAUUGUCUUGGUACCCUUGUCAAAAAUUAGUUGACUGUAAAUGUGAGGGUGUAUUUAUGGAUUUUAAAUUCUAUUCAAUUGAUUCAUGCAUCUUUUUUUUUUUUUUCUUCUUCGAGACGGAGUCUUGCCCUGUUGCCCAGGCUGGAGUGUGGUGGCUCGAUCUCAGCUCACUGCAAGUUCCGCCUCCCAGGUUCAUGCCAUUCUCCUGCCUCAGCCUCCCAAGUAGCUGGGACUACAGGCACCCACCACCAUGCCUGGCUAAUUUUUUUUGUAUUUUUAGUAGAGACGGGGUUUCACCGUGUUAGCCAGAAUGGUCUUGAUCUCCUGACCUCGUGAUCUGCCCACCUUGGCCUCCCAAAGUGCUGGGAUUACAGGCCUGAGCCACUGUGCCCAGCCCAAUUCAUGCAUCUUUUUUCUUUUUCUUUCUUUCUUUUUUUUUUUCUGAGAUGGAGUCUCACUCUGUCACCCAGGCUGGAGUGCAGUGGUGCCAUCUCAGCUCACUGCAACCACCAUCUCCUUGUUUCAAGCAAUUCUCAUGCCUCAGCCUCCCGAGUAGCAGGCAUUACAGGUGCUUGCCACCACGCUUGGCUAAUUUUUUGUAUUUUUAGUAGACAUGGGGUUUCACCAUGUUGGCCAGGCUGGUCUCAAACUCCUGACCUCAGAUGAUCCGCUUACCUUGGCCUCCCAAAGUGCUGGCAUUAUAGACGUGAGGCACUGCGCCUGGCCCAUAUGUCUAUUCUAAUGCCAGCACCAUAUUGUCUUUAUUAUUGUAGCUUUGUAGAAAGUUUUGAAAUUACGAAGUGUGAGUCCUUCAACUUUGUUCUUCUUUUUCAAGUUUGUUUUGGCUAUUAUGGGUCCCUACAUUUCCAUAUGAAUUUUAGGAUCUACUUGUCAGUUUCUGCAAAGAAGCAAACUGGAAUUUUGUUCAGGAGUGUGUUAAACCUACAGAUUUGGGAACUAUUGCCAUUUUAACAGUAUUAAAUCUUUUGACUCAUGAACACGGAUGUCUUUCCAUUUGCUUAGGAAAGACAGGCUGGGGUGUAGUGGUGCAAUCACAGCUCACUGCAGCCUCUACCUCUCAGGCUCAAGCAGUCCAACCUCCUUAACCACCCCACCUCAACCACUCUUGUAGCUGGGACUACAGGCCUGCACCACCUCACCUGGCUAAUUUUUGUAUGUUUUGCAGAGAUAGGGGUUCACCAUGGUGCCCAGGCUGGUCUCGAACUCCUGGACUCAGGCAGUCUGCCCACCUCGACCUCCCAAAGUGCUGGGAUGGUGUGAGCCAUCAUGCUUGGUUCUUCUUUAAUUCUUUGUAGUUUUCAGAGUAUAAGUUUUGUAUUUCUUUUAUUAAAUUUACAAUGCUUUUUGUUAAAUUUAUUUCAAAAUAUUUAAUUUUUUAUCCUGUUGUAAAUGGAUUUUCUUUAUUUUGGUUCAUUGCUGCUACUGUAUAGAAAUGCAGUUGAUUUUUAUAUAUUGAUCUUGUAUCUUCCAACCUUGCUGAACUUGUUUAUUAGUUAAAGUGGGUUUUUAGUGGAUUCCUUAGGAUUUUCUAUAUAAGAGAUCAUAUCAUCUGCAAAUAGAGAUGCUUUUAGUGCUUCCUUUUUAAUCUGUAGGCCUUUAAUUUCAUUUUCUUGCUAAUUGCCCUGGUUAGAGCCCCUAGUAUAUUGUUGAAUAGAAGUGGCAAGAGUGAAUAUCCUUGUCUUGUUCAUCAUAUUAGGGAGAAAGCAUUAAAUCUGCCACCAUUAACUGUGUUUGCUGUGGAUCUUUCUUUUAAGUCCUUUAUUGAGAUGAAGAAAUUCUCUUUUGUUCCUAGGUUGUUGUGUAUGAAGGGACAUUGAAUUUUGUCAAAUCCUUUCUCUAUGUGUUGAGAUCAUCGUGUAGUUUUGUCCUUUAUUGAUGCAGUGUGGUAAUUUUUGGAUGUUAAAUCAAUCUUGUGUCCCUGGAGUAAAUCUCACUUGGUCAUAGUAUACAAUCCUUUGUAUGUGCUGCUGGAUUUGGCUUGCUGGUUUUUUGUUGGGGACUUUUGCAUCUAAAUUCAUGAAAGAUAUUGGUCUGUAGUUUCUUUUCCUUGUGAUGCCUUUGUUUGGUUUUGGUAUCAGAGUAAUAGUGACCACAUAGAAUGAGUUGUGAAGUGUCCCCUUGUCUUCUAUUUUGGAAGAGUUUGUGAAGAAUUGGUAUUAACUCUUCUUUAAAUUAAUCUGGCCCUGGGCUUUUUUUGUGGGAAGUUUUUGUUUUGUUUUGUUUUUGUUUUUUGAGAUGGAGUUUCGCUCUUGUUGUCCAGGCUGGAGUGCAAUGGCAUGAUCUCGGCUCACCCCAAUCUCCACCUCCCAGGUUCAAGUGAUUCUCCUGCCUCAGCCUCCCAAGUAGCUGGGAUUAUAUGCAUGUGCUACCAUGCCCAGCUAAUUUUGUAUUUUUAAUAGAGACAGGGUUUCUCCACGUUGGUCAGGCUGGUCUCAAACUCCCGAACUCAAGUGAUCCACCUGCCUCAGCCUCCCAAAGUGCUGGGAUUACAAGUGUGAGCCACUGCGCCUGGCAUGGGAAGUUUUAAAGCUACUGAUUAAAUUUCUUUACUUGUUAUAGGUGUAUUUAGCUUUUCCAUUUCUUCUUGAGUCAGUUUUGACAGUUUUUCUGUAGAAAUUUGCUCAUUUAAUCUAUGUUUUUUAAUUUUCUGACAUACAGUCGAUCAUAGUAUUCCUUUAUGGUUUUUUAAAUUUCUGUAAGGCUGGUAGUAAAGCCUCUGUUUCAUUCCUGAUUUUAGUAAUUUGAGUCUCUUUUUUUCUUGGUUUAGCUAAAAGUUUAUGAAUUUUAAUCUUUUUAAAGGACCAACUUUUGGUUUCAUUGAUUUUCUUUACUGUCUUCCUAUUCUCUAUUUCAUUAAUUUUAACUCUUGUCCUAUUACUUUUAGGAGGGCCUCUUAAGGAGGGGUUGUAUGCUGGCUUAAAUUGAGGGUUGGUCAAAGUUCAAAAGCCUGGGGGAAGGAAGCUUAAUAUUUUCUCUAGAUCAGUGAGUACAAGCAAUUCAGCUAAGAAUUCGCUUCAUUUAUGAAGCAAAGAAUGGUAAUUUUCAGGACAGUCUGUGUCUGAUUUUGUUAUAAGUAAAUGGGGGAAGGGAGAUAAACAUCUGUGAGUCUUAUCUAAGUCACCCUGGGAAGGAUGGUUCUUUAUAAUAAGCCAUUUCCUGGAACACACAGGCAAUGGGCAGGGGGGUUACUACAACCUUAUAGAAAUAAGAUUUCUUUAACUCUGCCUAUAUUUCAGGGUAUAGUCCUCAGGUAAAGCUUCACACUGUCAAGAAGAACUUGAAAAUACCUUUUUUCCAUAAAAACACAAUGAAACUAAUACUAUGUAAUGGAAUAUUCCAAAGCACUAGUUCUUAUAAAUAACUAUUGGCCAAAAUACAAAUAACUGACCCAAUUCAAAAUUCUCUAAGAUUUCAUUAAGAUCCUUUUGUAGUUCAUAAGCCUGAUGCAUGGGUGUUCAUGCGCAUGUGUGAGAUGUGCCUCCCUCAAACCUUGUUAUGGCGCCAGCCCAUUACUGGUCUGUCAUGAAAAAAAAUAUUUCAGUAAAAGAGGAUACUUCUAGUAUCCUUUUUAAAAUUUAAAUUGGAAGCAAAUAGUAUUUCAUCCCAGCAUGUUAAAAUUGCAAGGGUCAUCUACCCCAGCUUACCAUUUGCUAAACACCCAUCAGUCACCAGUGGAACACACAUUUCCAAUGCUAAAGGUCUUGACUGCUUGGUGAAAACCACUUUGCAACACUGGUGUUGGAAAUUACUGUAUUAUAUUAAGCUGAAAUCUACCUCAUUGGAACCUCUGCUUAUAAGUCCUGAGUCUCAUGUAGUUCAGACCUUGUCUCUUCUGCCCCAUCUGGCUACUUAUCUCCAGUUUCUUCUGCCAGUCUUCCGGUGGCAUAGCCCCAAACCCUUUCACUUCAUAGUUUGUCACUGCCCUUUUUAAGAGGACUGGGGUGCUCAGAACUUAUAGGCUGACCCUAGCUCUUCCUUUGGCCUGGUCACUAUAUUUGAAAAGUGCUACCUGAAAUCAUAAGAGCUUUUUUGUUUUGUUUUUAACAGCCAUUUUCUAUUGUUGAUUCAUUUUAGUUUUGGUUACAACUGAAAUAUCUAUCUUUCACAUGAAAUAUAGCUUCUCAUUUGCCUUUCUUCAAAAAGUCUGUUCUAACUACACAUUUCCUUGGCUUCAGCCUCAUGCUUGAUGCAGAAGUGAGGAGAGUGCAAUAAAAAUUUGAACAGUUGCUUGGAUUUUUGCAAUAAUAGAUUGUCAGUUGGGGUCAUAUGACUCUCAGGUGCUAGAAAAUACUCUGCCUUUCAGAAUGUAACCGUGGGCACACUGAAUGCAACUGUAUAAAAAUGAAUGUGAAUUUUUAAAGGUAGCAUAAUUAAAGUUUGUACAUUUUAACAGUUUAUGUAAAUCUGUCUCAUAGAAUACAUGUAAUUUUCUCUGAGGUGGAUGUUGUGAUACUUGAUCAAUAUUUGUCACCUACAGUAAAUGUACCAUUGGUCUUGGA